GGCUAAUAUUUAAAUUCAUUAGCUAUAAUGCUUAUCUAAAUGGAUUAUACAAAAUUUUUGCUAACAGUAAAAGUUUUCACUCCAAUGGUGUUAUUUAUAAUUGUUAUAAGCUAAAAUUAUACCUAAUUGCUUUUUUGGAUCAACAAAUCUAUUGAAUGAUACUUUGUUAUCUAUAAUUUUUUUGCUAAAAGGUGAUGGUUGGAGUGCAACUUUUUUUACAUAUUAUCUAAAAGAGCCAACUAGAUGACACAUAGAAUGACGUAAGAUUUUUAGCUAACAGUUCUUAACUCUUGGAGAUGCUCUUACCUAUAUGCUUGAGUUGGGUUUUUGUUUUUUGAUUGAUUGUUGGUGUGGAGUAUUUAAUCUGAUCAAGUUGGUGAUUUAGGAAGUCGGUUUUUGAUUUUGUUUAGUAUUUAUUGCGGGUUUGAAAUGAUUGUGGAUUAGCUGUUUGUGAGGUGGUUUGUUUUGUUUUUGUUUGAUUUGGUGUUUCAUCUGCUUUAUUUUGUUUGAUUAUGUGUGUGUGUUUUUUAUGCUCAAGUUGUGUGCUUUAUUUGAUUUAAAGGAAAGAAUCGAUUGGAAAUUAAUUUGAAAUUGUAUGUUGUAGCUGAUAAAUUUUUUUGCUUUUUAUUUGUCAGUGUGAGUUUUAGAUUGGUGAAGAUUGUAAAGGGGGGUCUCGGAAAUAAGUUGAUUUGUUCUUGAAUACUGAAUAUAGGAUUAUAGUUCGUGUUGAGGGAAGCACUUGAGGAGUUCCAACACUUCCAUCAGAAACUAGCUAAAGAUUAUUUUUGUAUGGUAGUUAGAGAAUGAUGCAAAGGGUAAGAGUUUCAUCUCAGCAAGCACCAGUGCAUAAGCUAGGUGAUUCCCAGAUGACAUUGUCCCCAAAGUUUAGAUUAGCUGCACUACGGUCAUCGUUGUUUGAUUCUUCUGUAGAAGCAGAAUUGGAGCUUAGGGGUGAGCCUCUCAUUCCAGGCCUUCCGGAUGAUAUUGCACACAAUUGUCUUCUCCGGCUUCCAGUAGAAAGCCAUACGUCUUGCAAAUCUGUUUCUAGACGCUGGUAUCAGUUGCUUGGAAGUAAGGAAGUAUUUUUUUCACGGAGAAAGGAGUUUGGUUUUCAUGAUCCCUGGUUAUUUGUUUUUGCGUUUCACAAAUGUACCGGAAAGAUUGAGUGGCAGGUCUUUGAUAUGAAGAAAUUCACUUGGCACUCUAUUCCUGCAAUGCCUUGCAAAGAAAAGGUUUGCCCGCAUGGGUUUAGGUGUGUUUCGAUGCCCCAAGAGGGUGCUCUCUAUGUAUGUGGGGGUGUGGUCUCUGAUGUUGAUUGCCCUCUGAAUGUGGUAUUGAAAUAUGAAGUACAGAGGAAUCGUUGGACUGUAAUGAGAAAAAUGAUCACAGCACGAUCAUUUUUUGCUAGUGGGGUUGUUGGUGGAAUGAUUUAUGUAGCUGGAGGAAAUAGCACGGAUCUUUUUGAACUAAAUUCAGCUGAAGUUAUGGAUCCUCGUAAGGGUAUUUGGCGACCUAUUGCAAGCAUGGGUACAAAUAUGGCUUCUUAUGAUGCUGCAGGUCUCAACGGAAAGCUUCUUGUCACUGAAGGCUGGUUUUGGCCCUUUUAUGUGGUACCUAGAGGUCAAAUAUAUGACCCUAAAACAGAUACCUGGAAGAGCAUGGCUGCCGGGCUGAGAGAAGGGUGGACUGGUACUAGUGCUGUGGUCUAUGAUCAUUUAUUUGUAGUUUCAGAGCAUGAAAGGAUUAAACUCAAAGUUUACUAUACAAAUACUGAUUGUUGGGAGGCUGUUGCUGGUGCUCCGUUACCCGAGCAAAUUUGCAAGCCAUUCUCUGUCAAUUGCUGUGAGUCCAGAAUAUAUGUUGUGGGUCGAAAUCUUCAUGUUGCUGUGGGUCAUAUCUCAAGAACGAAGCAAGCAAUAACUCCUGAGAAUCAGUGGAACUUUUCUGUUCAAUGGCAAGUGGUGGAUGCCCCUGCAGCCUUCUCUAAUUUGGUUCCUACAAGUGCACAGUAUGCAAUUAUGCAUGAGUAAAUGCGGGUAUCGUUCCACUAUGACUAUAUUUGGUACGAGCAGCAAUGUCAAUUCUAAAGGGAAAGGCAAGGAGGUUGGCACCUGCAUUUUCUCAAAGGAUGGUACUCUGACUACUCAGGCGAUUAAAAAUCUGAAAGAGGGCUUUCUGAUCAAGUUCAGUAAUGCUUUUGACAAAUGCAUAUUAAUUUAUGGGAAGUAAUCUCUCCGGGAGUGUUAGUAAAAGAUGUUCUAACUCAGGCAGUUCUUGGUUCGAUUCAGUUUAGAACUGCAGGCCUUCCUAGUACGUCCACUUCUACACCGGAUUUACAACUCUAGCGCUCAGACUUGGAGUAACUUUCCGGCACUUGUCUUAUCAGUUUUAAUGGGGAAGAUUUGGUUUUGUUUUAGUAUCUGUAAGCUUGCAGUGGCUAAAAGGCAGUGGCUUAUAGUAUGCCUCCAUGAGGCCGUUUGUGGCAGCUUUAAGCUGCGGCUUAAAGCUGUUCCCGACUUUAAGUUGAAAAAUGUCUGUUUGUGUAAUAAGCCAAAAGCCGGCUUAAAGUCAGAAAUAA